AUGGAAUCCAAGGGAUCCAUUUUGAUUAAGCUUAUGCUGCUGCUACAGUAUUUGUCAGUUCUCUGUGUUUCACAGAAUUUUGAUUUCUUCUUCUUUGUUCAGCAGUGGCCAGGAUCAGCCUGUAACACACAGCAAGGUUGUUGCUACCCAACAACUGGGAAGCCUCCUGCAGAUUUUGCCAUUAGUGGUCUUUUCCCUAGUAACAAUGAUGGCUCAUACCCUUAUAACUGUGAUACCAACAACCCUUUUCAGCAAUCUCAGAUAUCUGAUCUCCGUAGCAAUUUGCAAAGCAAUUGGCCCUCACUAUUAUGUCCAAGCAGCGAUGGGUCCUACACCUGGAGCGCUGCAUGGGACAUAUUUGGCACUUGCUCAGAGUCAGUCCUCAACCAACAUGACUAUUUUGCAGCAGCUCUCAACCUGAAAGAGCAGACCAACUUACUCCGAGCUCUUGCAACUGGAGUGAUUUUAUCAAAUGGGGGUUCCUACGCCUUGGACGUCACGAAAGAGGUUAUAAAGAAUUCUGUUGGGUAUACUCCAUUCAUUGAGUGCAAUGUGGAUUCAUCUGGUAAUAGCCAGCUAUACCAAAUUUACUUGUGUGUGGACAUCUCUGGAUCAUACUUGGUGGAUUGCCCUGUGGUCCCCAAAAACGUCGUCGAAUGUGGAUCAACUUUUCUGUACCCAUCUUUUUAUUAA